AUGGCGGCGCCCGCAGCGCUGCAGAGGAGCGUGGUGUCCCCCGCGGGCAGGCACACCGCCUCCCUCAUCUUUCUGCACGGCUCAGGUGAUACUGGCCAAGGAGCAAGAACAUGGAUAAAACAAAUUUUGAAUCAAGACAUGGCUUUCCAACAUAUAAAAGUAAUUUACCCAACAGCUCCUGCCAGGCCAUAUACACCUAUGAGAGGAGCCCUUUCCACUGUGUGGUUUGACAGAUACAAGAUCUCUAAUGACGUUCCAGAACACAUUGAAAGUAUUGAUUCUAUGUGCCAGGGACUUACACACGUGAUCAAUGAUGAGAUUAAAAAUGGCAUUGCAAAGAACAGGAUACUAAUAGGAGGCUUUUCAAUGGGAGGUGGAAUGGCAAUGCAUUUAGCAUAUAGGUUUCAUCAAGAUCUGGCAGGAGUCUUUGCUUUGUCUAGUUUUCUCAAUAAGGACUCUGCUGUUUACCAGGCUUUGAAAGAAAAUCAAAAUAUCCUUCCAGAAUUAUUUCAGUGUCAUGGAACUGCUGAUGACCUAGUUCUCUAUUCAUGGGGUGAAGAGACCAACAAGAUGUUAAAGUCACUGGGAGUAUCAACAUCACUUCAUACUUUCCCGAACCUGAAUCAUGAGUUAAACAGAACUGAAAUAGAAGAACUAAAAGCCUGGAUUAUAAAGAAAUUGCCUGUUGAAGCAGCAGAGACAAACAAAUAA